AUGGCUUUUGGCUUGUCACCGAGAAACUUGCCUUCGCCUGCGAGAAAGUCACAGGCGACAGAACAAUCCAAAAGAAAGAGACGACGAAUGUUUCGUUGCUCUUUCAUCAAGCAUACUUUCGUCACUUUCUUCUUGGGGAUCCUUGCCUAUCGUUCUACGACAUACUAUAACAAAACUGGCGAAACACGGAAACCCGUAGUUCCAAAUCUGACUGCUGGGCCUCCCGUAACUGUGUUCUACAAUCUAUUCAUCCAAGACGAGUCCGAUGUAUCACGUGUUACUACGUUUGUUCGAGAGCAGCUGGCACCCUUUGUGUCGAGCAAGAUAUUUGGAGCAAUCUACAUCAAGUCGAUAGGGGUGCCUGUCAAAACCACACUCCUCGAAUUGCAGGACCACUUUUCGAAAACCCCUGCUGCCGCUGCUGGGAUAGAGAUUCAACACUUUGAGAAGGGAGAUGAGUCUCGGUCACUCCAUGAUUUGUGGUCAUUUUGCAGAAGCAAUUCCACUCAUCCAGACCAAGUGGUUGCCUACCUGCAUUCCAAGGGAAGUUUCACACCCGAUCCAGCCAACAACCUACUUCGCCGGUAUUUGACCAAGGCUGUGUUGACACCCGAAUGUGCACAAAUGCCAAAGGAUAAGUGCAAUGUUUGUUCCGCAAGGUUUUCUCCACUUCCUCAUCCUCAUACUGGGGGUAACAUGUGGACUGCCCGGUGUGACUACAUUGCACAGCUAGCUGACCCUUCUACGUUUAUUGAUACCAUGGGGGGUUACUUUGCUGGACACAGCUCAGCAGAGUCGUCGCAUUGUUUGGGCACGGACAGGUAUGCCUUGGAACAUUGGGUCCACGCCCAUCCCGAUGUGCAGCCUUGCGAUGUGGAUGGAUCCUCCAGCUUUUUGUACGGCUACCACGCGAUACCAACAAGCUUUACGGUGGAUCUACAACAGGCUCCAAGAAUUCCUCUAAGCCAGUACCCCGAAACUGCCUGCAACGACUUUGGCCUCGAGGUGGAGGACAGAAUCGCAGAGUACUACUAUCUGUAUGAAAAGCUCCCUCCCAACACCUGGUUUGGGUGGAGACUUUUCAACGAUCCUUGGGGAACAAUAACAUCGAAUUGGCCGCACAUGAUGGUGAAAAUGGGCAGAGACGGAAAAGCGUCGGCUAUUGUUUUAACCUACAGGAUACCCAAAGAUCUACUUGGAAGCAGAGGUGUCGAAAAAGACAAGAGUCCACUCAUCAAGAGAGUUACAAUUCCACUGGAUUUGAAACGAUAG